GUACAUACUACAGUCAGGUUCAUGCUUCGUUAAUCUCAGUUCUAUUCCCAGACUCGGAGCCUGACCGAGACUCCUUACCUAUCAUUAAUUCUAUCCCUGCUACCAUGAGCUCGUGGUACACGCCGUGACCUCGUUCCACUAAGCGGUGAUUAUAAGGAUCUGUAUUAGGCGCCAGAAGAGCACAAACUUGCCUUGACUGUGACCAUCGACGUCCUCUACCACUGCAGCAACACCCAUGGCUAAGAAGGUCACCCUAAGUAGUGUUUCUCUCAUCUUUGCGUGUGGAACAGCUCUCUUUUCUGAUGGUUAUGCCAACAAUGUCAUUGGUUCUGGUUCAAUGACAAUUACAGUUCUAAAACGCAUAUACGGUACUGGUUCUGGCGGCAUCACUACGAACUACAGCACCACACUCUCUAGUGUCGCCUUCGCAGGCAUCGUGGUGGGUAUGUUUACCUUUGGCUACCUCUCCGACAAAGCUGGGCGCAAAUUCGGUAUGAUGUCCGCAACUGGGAUCAUUGCAGUAUUUUCUGGUCUCUCAUCUGCGUCGUCUGGUGUUAACCACAACCUUAAUGGUAUGCUCGCUAUGCUUAUCGCAUGUCGCUUUUUUCUUGGGAUUGGCGUUGGCGCUGAAUACCCUUGUGGUUCUGUGUCCGCAUCUGAACAAUCGGAGGAAGAGGGCAUUGCUAAGAACUCGCAACACCAAUGGCUCGUGCUUGCGACGACCACUAUGAUCGAUUUUGGUUUCGUUAUUGGAGCGUGCGUACCAUUGGUACUUUACUGGAUAUUCGGGGACAACCACCUUCGUGCUGUCUGGCGUCUCUCGGUUGGGCUUGGUGUAGUUCCUGCUGCUGGUGUCUUCUUUUGGCGGCUACACAUGGAGGAACCUAAUCGCUAUAAGCGCGAUUCAAUGAAGCAUGUCCGUAUCCCAUACGGACUAGUCAUUAAAAGAUACUGGCGUGGCCUGCUUGGCAUCUCGCUGGUAUGGUUCAUCUAUGACUUCGUCACAUACCCAUUCGGACUUUAUUCAUCCACAAUCACCGACACCAUUACUGGCGGCAGUUCAUCCCUCGCCGUCGUCCUUGGUUGGUCCGCUGUGAUCAACCUGUUCUACAUGCCAGGCACCAUUAUAGGUGCCUUCGUUGUUGAUCGUAUGGGUCCAAAGGUCACCAUGAUCACUGGCCUUCUCGUCCAAGCAGUCAUUGGAUUUAUCAUGAGUGGUUUUUAUACCCAGCUGUCACAACACGUUGCCGCUUUUGCUGUGGUGUACGGCAUCUUCCUAAGCUUCGGCGAGUUUGGUGCGUGGGGUUGCGCAAUCCCUCCGUCUUUUAAACUCUUUUUGCCUAGGUCCCGGAAACUGCGUUGGUGUAGUGGCUGCAAAGUCUGGACCUACUGCUGUGCGUGGCCAGUAUUACGGUGUUGCAGCUGCUGCUGGAAAAAUCGGCGCAUUUGUUGGAACUUGGUCACAGAUUUUGGUGGCUCAGGCUCAACUAAAGGGAACACUGGCCCCUUCUGGGUUGCCAGCGGUCUUGGCAUCCUAAGCGCAAUCAUUGUAUACUUUCUUGUGACACCCUUGGACCACGAUGGGAUGAGGGAAGAGGACGCCAAGGUGCGCAGCUAUCCCUCCCGUUACCCACGGCAUUUACAUACCUUACAACGUAGUUCCGUGAAUACCUCGAAGCGCAUGGUUUUGACGUCUCACUUAUGGGUCUUCGCAAAGCUGAAACCAUGCAAUAUAUGGAAGGCAAAGGGACAGGUUCAGCGGUCAAGGUUACUGACUCAGCGACCAAAGUUUAGCUGUGCUGCAAACAUAUAAUUCUGAAUGUGUUGAGACGCGGUUGCACUCAGGCUGCGUCAGUGGCAUGAUCCAUUCCGAUUUCCUACCUAGUACUGUGAUUUUUGUACAUGUAUGCUAUAUGGGCUUGUACGAAAAAAAAAAUGGAGCCGGGAUAAGCCCUCCUUGAAGGAAAAGUGCCAGUAGUCAUGAAUCAACGAAACUCGUAACUUCGCACUAGCAUAGGGAUAGUAAACGAGAUGACGUCCCAGACGUUCCUAAAACCCAGUCAUUAUUAUGGAAAUUUGAAGUGUGUCUGGGUAAAAUACUCCGUGCCAAUCUCAUACCACGGUUGCAACGAACUUAUUAGUUUUGGGCGACAUGGACUUCAAGACCAAGAGCGUGUCGUUCCAGUGAUUGCCGCUGUAGGAAGGCACCUGAGAAAGCACAUAGUUUGUGGCGAAGGAGCCAGC